CCCCCUUCCCUCGUCCCUCCUCCGGGGAGUGUGGCAGACGGGGGUGGGGUUUCGCCUGCCCGCUCCUCGCCCGGGAGCCGCCGUCGGCGGGGUGAUGUAGCCUGUGUGGGAGGGAAUACCCCCGGCUCCAGCAUGAAGGCUCCUGUAAAAGAUGUGUGAGCAGGCAGCGCGCUACUGCCGGGAGAGCGUCCACAAGCUCCUCCGCAAACAGCAGCCGCAGAUCGGGGGGCUGGACGGGCUGCUCCGCUGGAUAGUCACCAAGAUGAGCGACAAGAGCAUCCUGCCCGACCGGGAGCUCCUGCAGGAAGGCCAGGCGGCCGCCGGGCAGGACGGCUGCUUCCCCGAGCAGCGGAAAGGCGCUUCCGUGAUCCUGGAUAUCUUCAGACGAGCUGACAAAAAUGAUGAUGGGAAAUUGUCCUUGGAGGAAUUCCAGGCUUUCUUCUCCGAUGGAACUCUUAACGAGGAAGAACUUGAAAAGCUUUUCCAUACCAUUGAUUCAGACAACACCAACAACGUGGAUACGAAGGAACUAUGUGAUUAUUUUACCGACCACAUGGGAGAUUAUGAAGAUGUUCUGGCUUCCCUGGAGACCCUCAACCUCUCCAUUCUGAAGGCCAUGGAUUACACCAAACGGGUGUAUGAAAGAGGAACCAAUGUGGACCAGUUUGUGACCCGUUUCCUGCUGAAGGAGACAGCCAAUCAGAUUCAGUCCUUGCUCAGCUCGGUGGAAAGUGCCGUUGAUGCUAUUGAUGAGCAAACCAGUCAGAUAAGACAGUUCCACAGUAAAUCUGGCCACGGUGUCAUGGACACCUGGUACGACAACCCUGUGCCUAAUUAUCCCCCCAACAACAGAAUUGUAACCAAAGAACGCAGGAAAAGCUUCCAGACUGCCUCUUCAGACACCAAGGAGGAAGGCCUGGAAGCUCAGAUCAACAGGUUAGCAGAGUUGAUUGGCAGGCUGGAAAACAAGACUCUUUGGUUUGACCUGCAUCAGCGACUGUCAGACAGUGAAAACACAGCUUGCACAUAUCUUCUUUUGGUACGAACUGAGAUGACAGUUUCCCAGAAGCAUCUGGGGGAGUUUUGUGGCUCCCUUAAGCAGUACUUGAAGACUGUGGCAGGAGAACGGGACUGCUUUCAUGUAACUGCAGUCAGGCUUCCUGAUGGGGUCACUUUCAUUGUCUACGAGUUCUGGGAGUCAGAGGAUGACUGGAAGAGGCAUCUCCAGAGUCCUGCUUGCAAAAGCUUCCAGCAUGUGAAAGUGGAUACGCUCACCCAGCCGGAAGCAGUGUCCAGUGUGUCAGUGCCAGCUGCUUGGUGCACCCUCAACCAAGACUGAUCAGGGAAGGCUGGCAUUGUUCCCUCUUCACCAGGCACUCUUGGAAGUUUCCGCUGUUUUGCAGAGAACAAAACUCCUGUCUUUUCUAACGACUUUGUUAAGAGGUGUUGUCUUUCUCCCCUCCCCCCCUCCCCAAAACAUUUCUACCUGGAACUGUUAUUUACUUGCUUGCUAUCUGAAGUGAAGGAAAAACAAAACAAGCCAAAACCAAAAGCCUAACUUCUGACCCUGCCAGGCACACAUUUCCCCUUCGGAGCUCAAAGUUCUCUGCCAUUGAUUGCAGCCACCACCACUCUGCAAGGUACUGCUAUCAGCAGUAUACAACUGCUGUUAAAGGAUGUUGAUAAAUUGAAAGUUUCUCCUGUAUGCCACUUUCAUGCAUGGGCUGUGUUUUCAAACUAAUGCCCCGUUCAGUAAAUUGAACAGAAGGAAGCUGCUCUAGAAAAGCAGAGAGUAUGGGGGGGGGGGGAAAUUGCCAAAAGGGAAGAGGAUGCCCAUCGCUUCCCUUAUUAACUGUUUACUUCCUGUGACCCUGACCGCCUGGUAGUUUCCCCCCUUAAGCCAGGCACAUUAUUAUUCCUGAAGCCAAACGGGGGGAAAGGGGUGUGGGGAGAGUUCAGCAACUCCUGCAGAAAUUACCCCACAUGCACCUUACUGCUAGUUCUGCACUUGGCAUGUGGGGAGGCAGAAAUCAACCGGAGGUGAGAAAAAUGGCCAUUUCUGCAAAGGGAUUCUCUCUGCCUCCCAGUACCACAGAUCCAACACACCAGAUUGUUCCCCACUAGCACACAGGCAGCAAACUAGUGACAAUAGCAUUUGUGGGGCCUUUGCACAAAGAAAUGAAAUAUCUUUUCCUCCAUGAAAAAUCCAGAGGUUUGGGUUUUUUACCAUGGGAAGAUGCCUCAGACUGAGUCAGGCGUCAGCCUAGCUCAGCAUUGCUUACACUGGCUGGCAGCAGCUUUCUGGGGUUUCAGGCAAGAUUCAUCCCCAGAAUUAUGUGGAAGGGAUGGGGUUCCUUCUGCAUGCCAAGCAGGUGUUCUACCACUGAGCUUCAGUUCUCCACACAAAUACUUAGUCAUAUCACUAACCCAAACACUAAAAUAGUCCAAAUAUGACAGCAAUACCACUUCUGGAAAAAAGACAAACUGAAACCUACAGAUUCUCUGAUAAGGAAAAAAAUAACCUCAGAAAAAAACUGCCUUGCACAUAAAUGUCCUUACCGACAGGGUUUCUGGAUGGCAAAGGGAAAAUGUUCUGGCAUUUUCUCAGAAGAUCCAGCUGGGCUGAUGGAGCUGUAGUUCAGGACACCUGGAGGGUACCAGAUUGGGGAAGGCGGGUCUCUAUAUAGCAUAAGUAGCAUCUGUUUUAUAGCACUAAUAGCCAUCAUGGCUUCCCACAGAAUUUUGGGAACCAUAGUGUGGUGGUGGUGCCAAGAUUUAUUCUGCCAGAUGUUCUUGGCAUAAGCCCACCCAAGACAAGCUAGCAUAUCCAGGGUGCAAGGAAAUGAUUGAAAUACAUAUGGAAGACCCAUAAAGUUCCCUUUCAUUUCAGAUUUUUCCCUAUCCCCAUCCUUUUGGUUUUCCCUCUGUUGCCUUCACUUUAAUGCCAGUGCAUGAAUAAUAAAAAAGCCUCAAUGUACUUAGAUUUAUUUUUAUUUUUAGCUGUAAGUAGCAGCACCGAGUUACUUCACUAACUUAAACAUACUUCUUUUCUUUUUUCAAAGAACCAUUUCUAACUGGGAUUGAAGCAGGCAAAAUUUAAAUAAAUAAUAAAAUCUUCAGGAAGCAAGCUUACCUAUCUUCACUUUUGACUAUAACCUUUGAUAGUUUACAUGUACCGUUUUAGAAAUAAGAUUAUUAUAUAGCUCUAAAGUGUAGCACACUGCAGGAUGUCAGUAUUAGCCAACAUAUAAGCAAUUUUACUAUUAUAUACAUCUAUUAUGCGCUAUUGUAUAUGACUUAAGUGCAGAUAACCAAAUAAAAUUUAAGAGAUAAAAAAUUGCA